AUGCAUCACCUCACUACACCAGCUCCAUCCUUCAAAUCCUUGCUCCCUUCUCCUCCUCGUCAUGCACCUUUUCUUCCAAACCCUAGGCUCCUCUCCCUCCCACCAUUGCCGUAUUCACCUUCCGCCGCCGCCGCCGGCCAUUCUAUCCACUCCUUUGGCCUCACUUCCCGCGACACCGACCUCUCUUCUUCAUCUGCCCAUUGUUCAACCUCUCUUAGGAACGACGCCGCUGUCUCCCAUGGGAAGCUCCGGAGCUUUGGUCCCAAGGUCGUCGACGUCGCUACUCUUGGAAAUCUCUGCGUCGACAUCGUUCUGAACGUCCCCGAGUUACCCCCUCGCCAACGUGAUGCUCGCCUCGCGUAUAUGGAACGCCUCUCCGCUUCUCCACCGGAUAAGCGAUUUUGGGAAGCUGGUGGCAAUUGCAAUGUGGUUAUAGCGGCUGCUAGGCUGGGCCUUCACUGCGCCACGAUCGGUCAUAUUGGGGGUGAGAUAUAUGGGCAGUUCCUUUUGGAUGUGCUUCGAGACGAGCGGAUUAGGAUGGUUGAGAUGACUGAGGACGGUGAUGCUGUAGACACUUCAAGUGCCGCCUACGAGACUCUUCUGUGUUGGGUUCUGGUUGAUCCUCUUCAAAGACAUGGAUUUUGUAGUCGAGCUGAUUUUCGUGAAGAUCCAGCGUUUAGCUGGAUGAGCAAAUUGUCAGGGCCGGCAAAGAUGGCUAUUAGUCAGUCUAAGAUUCUUUUCUGCAAUGGUUAUGGCUUUGAUGAAUUCUCCCCUGGUGUGGUUGUCUCAGCUCUGGAUUAUGCUAUUGAAGUUGGGACUUCUGUUUUCUUUGAUCCCGGUCCACGCGGAAGGAGCCUUUCGAAUGGAACGGUGGAAGAACAACAUGCACUUAGGCAAUUGUUGAAGAUGAGCGAUGUUCUACUUCUGACAAGUGAUGAGGCUGAGUCAUUAACAGGCAUAGGAGAUCCAGUAUUGGCCGGACAGGAGUUGCUUCGGAAUGGAGUACGGACUAAAUGGGUGAUCGUAAAAAUGGGUUCGAAGGGAUCAAUUCUACUCACUGCAUCAACUAUAUCCUGUGCGCCUGCAUUUAAGGUCGAUGUCAUGGACACAGUCGGUUGUGGAGAUAGCUUCGUCGCUGCUGUGGCAUUUGGUUAUAUACACAAUCUGCCAUUUGUAAAUACCUUGGCCAUUGCCAACGCUGUGGGCGCUGCAACUGCUAUGGGCUGCGGUGCUGGUCGUCACGUUGCUACCUUGGAGCGGGUAAUUGACAUUCUAAGAGAAUCAAACAUCCAGGAGGAUGAUGCAUUUUGGAAGGAGUUGCUUGUAAGGAAUGUCAAAACGGACGAUGAGGUCACGUUUCUCUCAAACAUGGCCUUAAAUGGAAGCAGCAAUUCUCCGAGCCAUGCCACUUUGAGAAACGUGGUCUCUGAACUGCUACCAAAGCUUGAAUCGGCACGAUUAGAGGGCAAAUUGGCUUGUUGA